AUGGAUUUUAACAACGUGAAAUCAAUUUGUCAUUGUUCGUCGUCUGGAAGCGUCGCUUCAUCGAGCGGUUCCUCAAGAUCCUCCAGCAACGACAUACCUGAUAAAAGACUACGUACUAUACAUCUUAGAAAAGAAACCGGGAUUUAUUUAGAAGGAAAUGGGAAAACCGGAAAUAAAUUAUAUCCGAACGUUAAAGCCAACAGUUACGGUUUUAGCUUUCGAGGUGGAAAAGAAUUCGGUACCGGAUUUUUCAUAUCCGUCGUUGAAAAAGAUUCCGAAGCCGAAUACAAAGGAUUAAAAGUGGGUGAUCAAAUUAUUAGAAUCAACGGACUACCCGUCGAUGAUGCCACACAUCGGGAAGUUCUCCAGUUGGCUCAAUCUCAUCACCAACUCACGCUCACCGUUAAAAAUGUCGGAAUCAUACCCGUCAAAGACAAAUCCGACGAUCCUCUCACGUGGAAAAUUGUGGAUCCGAACGGAAAUAAUUCAAAUAAUUCCAGCAACAACGUGGAUACGAAUCAAACUUUCGGUUGUGACGUUGAUCGUAUAAUUAUCGAAAUACCGGAAAGUACUCAAUUGGGAUGCGGGAUUUGCAAAGGACCCGACUGGAGACCUGGAAUAUUCGUACAAUAUACGAAACCGAAUUCUUUAGCACGUCGAUGCGGUUUACAACCCGGUGAUCAAAUAUUACAAUGCAACAGAAUAUCUUUUCUCCAGAUCGAUUUCAAUUACGCGGUGACCGUUCUCAAAGGUGCACAGACGUUAGAUCUCGUAUUGAAAAAAGGUUCGGGUAUCGAUUUAUUUCCGGGAGAAUCAUCCGGUUACAGUUCGUCGAGUUCGAUAGCCGACGAAGCCGUAACGCAAAAUCCAUCGAAACCCAAAAGGUUAUCAAUGGUCGCAGAAGAAGGAGACGAAAGAAACGGAAGAAAAUCAUGUCAAUGUAAAACCGGAAGGAAUUCGCUAAAACCUUUCGGAAGCAUCGAUUCGAUAUUCGAUAACGUAUCGAACGCUGGUUCGAAUUACCGGGAAAAAAGUAAAUCGAUUGAAAUCCUAACGGAUACUAACGAUAGGAAAAUUAUCGAUACGACGAUGGCAAAAGUUUUAAUGGAAAACGGUAACGUCACAUCCGUUCAAGUUCAUAGGUCGGAUGAUGCCGACGUCGAAGAUGACGACGGUUAUGGUAAAAACAAAAUGGACGUCGAAAAAAGUUCGAGCAUAAGUUCAUUUUCGAGCGGAUGUAGUUUAACAAGUGCCAUAAGUCGAGAAAUAGAAAAAAGAAAAGAGGUAAGGAUUUUUAUUUAA